AUGUCUCUCCAGAUGCCCCCUUCUCAGGGGGGCCAGGGGCCGUCGCCGGCCGCCCAUGACAUCCUCUCCGAGGAAGCCGCCCUCCAGGCGUCGCUGGACCUGCUGCGCAUCGAGCGCCUCUUCGCAAGCCCACCCAGCCGGUCCGGUCGGCCGGUGCAGCUCUUCGCCCAGCUCCUUCUGACGGCCGGUCGCCGGGUGACCGUCCGCCUGGACCACAUUCUCCCCCGGCACCGGGCCGUGCUCCAUGCGUCCGUGUGGCUGUGGGCCCUGGCCGAGCGCCCCGGCGCCCGGGGCGGUGGCCCGGCCUCCGGCGAUUCCAGCGACGAAGCGUCGCGCAUCAUCCACUUCACCCUGGGCGACUUGGUGUCCAAUAACCAUGAUUUCAUCUGGAACACCAUCACAAACUUCAAUGGGGCCGACGCCCGCCCUGGACCCGCCUACAUUGCGGCGCUCAUAUACAGCCUGCUCCAGCCGCAGCCCAAGGCCCAGACGGUUCAUGCCGAGCGCAAGUGCUUCGCAAUCCGCCUGCUCAUGGGGAGCAUGUACUCGGUUCAGCCGAUGAUCGAAGCGUUCGACGCCUUCUUCGCGCGGCGCCUGCCAGACCGGGGCAGCUUCGAGGAGAUCCUCCUGCGUGUGGACCCGGACCGGUACCCGCUGUCAGCCGGCGAGGCGGUGCUGGAGGACUUCCCCCGGGUCCGGUCCCGGGCCUCGACCCCGACCCCGAGCAAGCGCCCCCGGCUUGGGGUCCGCUCGCCAAGGGCCCCGGUCUUGGCGGCGGCCGAGCUGGAGCUGGACUUCACGGACUUCCACCAGCCCCAGGGCAAGGCAUCCAUGCACUUCCUGCCGACCUCGGCGCGGGGGUCCACCGGGGCCGUGCACCUGUCGGCCUUCCAGCACUUUGUGGAGCUCUUCGCGGAUUGCGCCCUGGCCGAGCUGGCCGCCGCGUACCGGUGCCCUGGGCACUUUCCCCUGCGAACCGGGGCCCUGUGUCGGCUGGUAACCCGGUGGCACGCCAACUCCCGGUACCCGGACCACUUGAUGGGCCUGCUGGCUCGAGCCGAGCAUCUGCCCGAGUCCCUGGUCCGGGGCCUCAUGCGUCUGUUGACCGGGUGUCUGGCCGUCGAAUUGCUGGCAGGCAUGCCUACUAAGAUGACCGAGAUGGCGGCCCUCUGUCUGGCGCGUGCAGACGCCGCCGACCGGGCCCACCUCCUAUCCUAUGUCCCCAUCCACGCGGUGCGGCUGGAACUUGCCGAGCGCAUGUUCGCCCACAGCCAUGCCUCCUUGCGGCCGGUGUGUGAUGUGCUCGCCUUCCGGCCGCUCCUGGCCGGUCGGAGUACUCCGAGCCCGGCCGCCGCCGCGCGUCUGCUAUUUUGCGACUUUUGCCUGGAGUCCCAUGCGACGGGGCCAGCUCGGGCCCCGGCGCUGGACGCCUCCCAAGCCGCCAUCCUUGCCCAUGAUAGUGUGGCAGCUUCUGCGGCCGAAACCGCGUCGCUCUUCCUGGACGCCUGGUUCGGCCACUGUACGGCCUUUCGCCAGCACUUCGUGUCCUCCAUCGGCCCGAGGGUCUUCAAUCGAACAUAUCCCCCGAGGGGGCUCACGCUCCAGGAAUGCCCCCACGCGAGGACGCUGCUGCAGCGCGUUCGCAACUUGUCCAGCCUCCAUGUCGCAUUUGCCGAGUGCUUGGCCGCGGCCGCUCGGAUGCUAGACUCCCCGGCCAUGACCCCAGCUCCACGGACCGCGACGCGGGAUUUCCCGGGCGCCUUGCCUCCCAGCACCAUCCUCAGUCCGGAGGCCACACGCCGGCACCUCGGGAUAGCGGACCCCUUCCCCCCAGGUUGGGAGAGGAGGGCCACAGCGGCGCGGGCGCCUAACAAAUGAUAGGACAUGCA